AGCAAAUCUAUUAAAUUUGAAAGAAAGUCUCAUAUUCUCACAGGAACACAAACAGCCGCUUGAGAAGAGUCGGUGACUGGACCAAUCUCAGUCUUCCUUUGCUCCUCCGAGUUUCUGCAAAUGGAUUUCCUCUUGCCACUAAAGAUGGCUUUCUUUCUUUGCUUUCUCUUCUUUAUUUUGCCUUCUGCAACAGCUUGUGAUCGCUGUGUUCACCAAUCUAAGGUUGCUUAUUUUUCCGACGCCUCUGCACUUUCAUCGGGAGCUUGUGGGUAUGGUUCCAUGGCAGUAGAAAUGAGUAAUGGACACCUUGCAGCUGGUGUUUCUUCUCUUUACAAAGAUGGAGCUGGUUGUGGUGCUUGUUUUCAGGUGAGAUGCAAGGACAAAGAUCUAUGUAGCACCAAAGGAACCAAAUUUAUUUUGACUGAUCUUAACAAAGAUAACAAAACAGACUUUGUUCUAAGCAGUAGAGCUUUCAUGGCCAUGGCUAACCAGGGAAAGGGCAAAGACAUUUUGAAACUUGGACUUGUUGAUGUGGAAUACAAAAGGGUUCCAUGUGAAUACAAAAACAAGAAUUUGGCAGUUCGGGUGGAAGAAUCAAGCAGGAAACCAUAUUACUUGGCGAUUAAAGUGCUGUAUCAGGGUGGUCAGACAGAGAUAGUUUCAAUGGAUGUGGCUCAGGUGGCUUCUUCCAACUGGGGAUUCAUGAGUAGAAAUUAUGGGGCGAUUUGGGAUACAAGUAGAGUGCCAAAUGGGGCAUUGCAGUUGAGGUUUGUGGUCACAGCUGGGUAUGAUGGGAAGUAUAUUUGGGCAAAAAAUGUUCUUCCUGCUGAUUGGAAACCUGGAGUUGUUUAUGACUCAGGAAUUCAGAUUACUGAUAUUGCACAAGAGGGUUGCUCUCAGUGUGAUGAUGGAACUUGGUAAUGAGAGGACUUUGAUUCCUUGGACAUUACACAUAAAUCAAAUAAUUAAGAGGAAUAGAAAAUGAGAGCACAUGGAAAAGUCUAUGAAUUUUUUUUUUUAAACUUUGUUACAUUACAUGUAUUUAUGGAUGUAAUAAAACUAUAUCUACACACUUUUGAUUCAUAAUUUGGAUGCACGGAUAAUGUGUUAUCAUA